AUGGAUAUGGAGGUCAAGAACGGCACGCCGGUCCCAGCAAAUGGUGACGAUCGUGACUCCGCCGAUAUCACCGAAUAUUCGGAGCCGUUGGAUUCUGGAAAGGAAAAGGCCAAUGGAGAUGGUGGUAAGGUAGAAAACGGUCGCAAAGCUACAAAUGCUAAGGAUCCAUCGCGACCGCGGCGGAAGAAGGCUCGGCGAGCUUGCUUCGCCUGUCAGCGAGCCCAUUUAACAUGCGGCGACGAGCGACCGUGUCAGCGGUGUAUUAAGCGUGGUUUGCAGGAUGCUUGUCACGAUGGUGUUCGUAAAAAGGCCAAGUAUCUUCAUGAUGCUCCGGAUGGAGCACUGAUGCCCGGGGUUCCUGCUCCCCCUCCUCCUGGACCCAGUGGAAAUUUCUACAAUAAUGGCAAUAACAAUAACAACGGCAAUAUGCGGCAUAGUUUGCCCAUGUCGAGGAAUGGCACCAAUACGAGUUCAUCACAGCAACAAGCACCGCCUCAGCAACAGCAACAGCAGCAGCAGCAGCAGCAACAAGCCAACAGCAAUUUUUACCCCACGCCUCAGCCACAGUCUCAGCCGCCAGGAUCUUAUAAUAUGUACCAAGAUACAACUUUGAGUCAAAGUCCUUUUACUACCCAAUCACCAGUGUCUCCUACCUUCAAUUUGAAAACUAGUCAGAAUGGUCGCAAUCCCAGUUUGUCUUCGGUGAACCAGCAGCCCACCCCCAGCACCGCACUAUCCGCCGAACCCUCUCAACCCCCAAAUCCAUUCGCGGGUCCCUUUUUCGAUCCCAGCGACCCCGCACUUUUCAACUUCGAUUUAUCAAGUAUGAAUUUCGAAAAUCGAUAUGGUGCUCUUGAAUUUGGGAUGCUCGGACACAUGGCGACCGGAGCCGGAGAUUCUCCUAGCGACUCGGCCACACAGCGAGGGUCGAUCGGCCGCAGUGGGUCUGCACAGUUCUCCACGCCAGCUCCAGGCUUUGGAGAAAGUCCGGGGAACCAGCCAUUCAUGUUUGGAGAUCCUUUACUUAAUGAUUGGUCCACUGGGCAAACCUCGGGCCAACAGCACGUGAAUGUCAGCAGCGUGUAUGGCCAGAAUGGCAUGUUGCCCGGACAUCUGAAAGCAGAUGGACCGCACGCAUUUGCGAUAGAAAGUGGCCCGGCCAGCUUUACUAGUCCCGGCUCUGCGAGUAGUCCACAUGUGGCUACCGCGGCUUUUGAAGAUGGCACGUUCAAUAAUGCGGGCGCAAAGUCAAAUAAUACCCUUGCUCCUAAUGGGCAGCGACCGAUGAUCACCACACCUAGCUUGAAACACCAACAAUUACACGUCGCAACCAAACGUCGUCAUCGGAAUCCAUCAUCAAUAUACGAAAGUGUCAAAGAACCAUACGCUUACACUAGUGGGUUUCACAACCUCACUGCUUUCAUUCAGCGACGCUUUUCGCCGCAGAAAACUGUGCGUAUCGCCAAGGCACUUGCAUCUAUUCGACCUUCUUUCAUUGCCACUACCAAGACCCUCAAUCGAGAUGAUUUGAUCUUUAUGGAGAAAUGUUUUCAACGGACACUCUGGGAAUAUGAAGACUUCAUUAAUGCAUGCGGUACCCCGACUAUCGUCUGCAGACGUACAGGAGAAAUCGCCGCCGUGGGAAAGGAAUUCAGUAUCCUGACCGGCUGGAAGAAAGACGUGCUCUUAGGAAAAGAGGCCAAUCUCAAUGUUAACACGGGGGGUACAGGAAUUCCAUCCUCUGGAACAACCUCACGUGGUAGCUUUACUCCUCGCGGUACGACAUUAGAGAACACAAAUGGUCGUCCACAACCGGUAUUUUUAGCCGAACUUCUUGAUGACGAUAGUGUCGUUGAGUUCUAUGAGGACUUUGCACGAUUGGCAUUCGGUGACUCGCGCGGCAGUGUUAUGACACGCUGCAAACUCCUUAAGUAUAAAACCAAGGAAGACACGGAGUCUGGACAAUCCGAAGAGAACGGAAAGUGGAACAAUCACCUACGCAAAGGUGGCAUUGCCGGAGAAGCCGGAAUGAAUCAGUUGGGUUUUAAGGAUGGCAAAGUCGAAUGUGCAUACUGCUGGACAGUUAAGCGCGAUGUGUUCGAUAUUCCAAUGCUGAUCGUGAUGAAUUUCUUACCAUGUAUUUGA